UUCGCUGCUGAUAGGCUGCUGAAGGGCCAGGCAGCGACUUCGCCUCUGCGGUGUUGUAUUGUGGAACUUCUCAGGGUUCAAAUAAAACUUUUAAGUAGCUUAGCUCACUAGUUUAAAAGCGUUAACUGUUCGUAAACGCUUGCUCAUAGUCACUGUAACGUCUUUAGAUAUUUUCUGUUUAAAGGGAACAUUCUAAAGUAACUUAAAGAACAGUUCGUCUCGGACAUAAACGAGCUGUGAGAAGCUCUUCGAGGAGCCCGUGGUCCUUUAAAAGUUCAAGCAAGUUCGUUAUAUUUCAGAGAGGCCCGGAAGACUGCCCUGGAUAAAACACACACAUGCACACAUGCACACACUCCAAACCAAACCCAUCGAGACAGGGAGCCUGGAUCUGUGACAUCUUUUUACUUUUUUGCUGGGACCGUGUUCCACCGCGCUCAGAAGACUCAGGCGUUGGAAGCCAACAGAAACACUUUAUUUGAAGUUUUUUUUUUCUUUUUUUCUUUUUACUUUUAAGCACCUUACAAACAUUUUAUUUUUCUCAUUUGUUGGACUUUCUUACGGAUCUAACUGGGAUCGCUGUGUUUAUUAUGCACUUCAAUGGCUGCGAGUGGCUCAGUGGCUAGAAUGGGGGAUGAGGAGAAUUCCUUUCAUGUUUGCUACAGGAUGGAGGCCUCCUGUCUGGAGCUGGCUCUGGAAGGGGAGCGCCUGUGUAAGGUGGGCGAUUACAGUGGAGGGGUGUCAUUUUUUGAAGCUGCCAUACAAGUGGGAACUGAGGACCUGCAGGUGCUGAGCGCCAUCUACAGCCAGUUGGGCAACGCCUACUUCCAUCUACACGACUACACUAAGGCUCUGGAGUUUCACCACCAUGACCUAACACUAACCAGGACAAUGGGAGACUUGCUGGGCGAGGCCAAAGCCAGCGGUAACCUGGGGAACACGCUGAAAGCAUUAGGGCGCUUUGAUGAAGCUGUGGUCUUUUGCCAGAGACAUCUAGACAUCAGCAGAGAUGCUGGAGACAAGGUGGGGCAGGCCAGAGCUCUGUAUAACUUUGGGAAUGUGUACCAUGCUAAAGGAAAAAGCACCUGCAGGAAUGACUCAGAGCCUGGAGACUUCCCUGAGGAGGUCACCACUGCACUUAAAAAAGCUGCAGAGUACUAUGAGGCAAAUCUGUGCAUUGUGAAGGAGCUUGGAGACCGCGCGGCUCAGGGGCGCACCUGCGGGAACUUGGGAAACACUCACUACCUGCUGGGCAACUUCCGAAGUGCCGUGGCCUCACACCAGCAGCGGCUCCUUAUUGCUAAAGAGUUUGGUGAUCGGGCAGCAGAAAGGCGGGCGUACUGUAACCUAGGGAACGCCUACAUCUUCCUGGGGGAGUUUGAGAAGGCUGCUGAGCACUACAAGAGAGCUCUGCAGUUGGCAAGGCAGCUAAAGGAUCGGGCAGUGGAGGCUCAGGCCUGCUACAGCCUUGGCAACACCUACACACUAUUGCAGGACUAUGAAAGAGCUAUUGACUACCAUCUCAAACAUCUUAUCAUUGCUCAGGACCUCAGUGACAGGAUUGGUGAAGGCCGUGCCUGCUGGAGUUUAGGCAAUGCGCACACAGCACUGGGAAAUCAUGACCAGGCCAUGCACUUUGCGGAAAGACAUCUGGAAAUCUCUAAAGAGACCGGAGACCGCAGCGGUGAGCUUACUGCCCGUAUGAACGUGUCUGAUCUCCAGAUGGUCCUUGGCCUCAGCUACAGCACUAACAACUCUGUCUUAUCUGAGAACAAAGAGAUCGACUAUAACUUGCACGGAGCAAGGCCCAGGAUGAGCAGGCGCCACAGCAUGGAGAACCUGGAGCUAAUGAAACUUACGCCAGACAAGCUCAAUGGUCAGAAAUGGGGCAAUGACGUCCUCUGUAAGCAAUCAAAACCCACGCUGUCCAAGUCCUCCUCUAAGCUGUUCUUUAUGAACCGUCUGCGGGGGAAGAAACCGAAGAGUAGCUCCUCUAAAGUUCUUCAGGACACCAGCAACACUCUGGAGACCCCUCAGAGCCAGCCUGCUCAUAAACGAGUGAGUGCGGACAUGUUGGGCGAUGAGGGCUUCUUUGACCUGCUGAGCCGUUUCCAGGGUAACAGGAUGGAUGACCAGCGCUGCUCUAUUCAGGAGGGCAGGGCCCGCAAAGCUACUGCUUCCUCUAGCUCCUCUUCCUCCACAUCUUCCAGUCCACCCACAAACAUGAAGAAAUCCUUUUCGGAGUCUGCAGUGUCUCCUGGUCAGGAGGCAUUUCUGGGUGCUCUGGCGAGCGCUCAGGGCCGAAGGCUGGAGGACCAGAGAGCUGUGGGGAGCUUACCUGGUCUGCGGAGCCUCCAACCCAGUCAAAGCUGUGGCAGCAGACAGGCUGUCCUCAAUCAGCUGAUGGCUAGCGAUGAUGCCUCAGAACCAGACGACCAGUUCUUUGACAUGCUGGUGAAGUGUCAGAGUUCUCGAUUAAAUGAUCAGAGGUGUGCUCCUCCUUCUGCCCCGGUCCGUGGUCCCACUGUCCCCGAUGAAGACUUUUUCAGCCUCAUCCUCCGCGCACAGGCCAAAAGGAUGGAUGAACAGAGAGUUACAUUACCAUCUGUGCACUGACCAUACAUACUGUGUGUAUGUGUGUAUUUGUGUAUAUAUAGGGUGAGUCAGAAGUCAGAAACCACUCAAAUAUCUGUAAGAUGCUUAAUACUGUAUUCUUGAUGGCAGAUUUUAAGAUGCCAGAGGGGUGGGGUAACAUACAUCAUAGGUACACCCAUUGGUCUGGGUCACCAAUCUUGCCCAAGUGUUAUCACCAAUCUCAUCGAGAAGGGCUUGUCCUGCUUGUAUGGAACGAAAAUCUACAUCCACACUGGUCUUUUGUGGAUAAGGCUGGUUGCCCCUGGUCUAAUACAUAAUGGUAAUGAUGAAUUCAAUCUAACAUUUAAGGGUCUUUACAGAUAUUUAGGUUACUGAUUUUUGCCUCAUCCUGUACAAACAUACACAUAUGGGUAUGUAUACACAUAUUCCAUGCACUGAGUGCACUCAAAGAUGUGCAAACCAAGACGUCUAUAGUUUUAAUAUUCACAUUCUAGUUUAGUCCAUUGUUAUCUGGACCUAAUCCCAGAGUGCUUCUGCACUGCACAGUUUAGUCUUUUUCUCACUCCCAACACAACUGGCUCAACUAAGUUGUUCAUUAAAAAAAACCCUUUAUAAAUUUAACGUGUGUUACUGCCAGAAAAACUCACUAAGCUGUGCAGGGUGUUUGUGGACAGGAUUGACAGUGUUUUACAGUCACUGGUGUCCCCAUAUGACAUCAGAAUCCAAUCGAAGCAGAACCAAGCCCAACUGCCAGCAGUGUGCAGUUUGUUUUUUGAAAUCCAAUCGAUGACUCCUGCAUUGCUGGCUGCUACAAAAUCUAAUGCAAACUCCUGUGUGUGUUCAGACAGUUAAAACACAGCUGUACACACACAAACACAACUCUAAUUCUGAUACAAAAUACAGAGUUCAGAUUGAUGCUGUUGUCGGUCCUGCAGCUCAGCAGUAAAGGUUCUCAGCUCCAGUUUGUCCACUACUGAACAAGACUAUACACUUAAUAAGAUGGUUCUUCAAGGGUUCUUUAGUAAAGAAAUGGUUUUAU